UCUUCUGACUCUUCUCUGCCAUUCUCCGUUUCAAGUUUCAACGUUGAACAAAAACCAUAAAUACAAAAACGAUAAAAGAAAACAAAAAGAUUUACACAGAGACGAGAUGGCGACGUUGUUACCGGAAUUGAAGCCGCGAGAGGCCGUACAUCCGUCGGAUUCAGCUGACACGACGUCGCUCACAUGUUGCUUAAAGAUGAGCUUAGAGCGUGACUCACCGAUUUUGAUCUUUUGCUUCUUUCACAAAGCGGUCCGCAAUGAGCUCGACGCGCUUCACCGCUUGGCCAUGAAGUUCGCCACUGGACACCCUGUCGAUAUUUGCACCUUGUUUGAACGGUACCGUUUCUUGCGCUCCGUUUAUCAGCACCACUCCAAUGCUGAGGAUGAGGUUAUCUUUCCAGCUCUUGAUAUACGUGUAAAAAACGUAGCAAAAACAUAUUCUCUUGAACACGAGAAUGAAAGCAAUCUAUUUGACCAUCUUUUCGAGCUGCUAAGCUCUUAUAGGAAAAAUGAUGAAAGGUUCCCCAAGGAGUUAGCAUCUUGUACAAGAGCCCUUCUUACAUCAAUCAGCCAGCACUUGGCAAAGGAAGAAGAGCAGGUCUUUCCCUUGCUCAUUGGGAAGUUCUCACCUGAAGAACAGGCAUCUCUUCUCUGGCAGUUUUUGUGCAGCAUUCCCGUGAAUAUGAUGGCAAAGUUCCUUCCAUGGCUCUCAUCUUCUAUUUCACUAGAUGAAUAUCAGGAUAUGCAAAAGUGCUUAAGCAAGAUAGUCCCAGAAGAAAAGCUUCUUCAGCAGGUUAUUUUCACGUGGAUGGAAGGAAGAAAUGAUAUUGACACUGUUGAAAAUUGCAUAGAUGGUUCUGAGGUCGGAGGUCUUCUAGAUUCUAUCAGUAAUGGAUGGACUCAACAAAUGGAAGGAGGAAAGUGUGCAUGUGAGUCAUCCAAGACUGAAAAAAGGAAAUAUUUAGAGCCAACUAAUGAUGAGCCAAGUAAUGAUGUCCCUUCUACCACUGGGAUAUGUCCAAUUAAUGAAAUACUACUUUGGCACAAUGCUAUAAGAAGGGAGCUGAAUGAGAUAGCUAAGGAGGCCAAGAAGAUACAACUUUCUGGUGAUUUUAGUAAUUUAUCAGCCUUCGAGGGACGUUUGCAAUUCAUUGCAGAAGUUUGCAUUUUUCAUAGUAUUGCUGAAGAUAAGAUCAUAUUCCCUGCAGUAGACGGAGAAUUUUCUUUUUCACAGGAGCAUGCUGAAGAAGAAAGCCAAUUUAAUGACUUUAGGCGUUUGAUUGAAAGUAUUCAAAGUGCAGGAGCAAAUUCUACUUCUGCUGCUCAGUUUUAUGAAAAGUUGUGCAUCCAUACUGAUCAAAUAGUGGAAGCUAUACUAGGGCACUUCCACAAUGAGGAAGUUCAGGUUCUUCCGCUUGCUCGAAAGCACUUCAGCUUCAAAAGGCAGCAGGAAGUUUUGUACCAAAGUUUGUGCAUUAUGCCAUUAAAAUUGAUUGAGCGUGUCCUGCCAUGGCUGAUGGGGUCAUUCACUGACAAAGAAGCCAGAAAUUUCCUUAAGAACAUGCGAUCUGCAGCUCCGGCAAUGGAUAAGGCUCUUGUCACUCUGUUUUCUGGAUGGUCUUGCAAGGGUAGGAAUCAGGGUGAAUGCUUGUCUCCCAAUGUAGUUGGUUGCUGUCCUGCUAAAAAGUUUGCUGAUAUUGAAGAAAAUUUUUCUCAGUCAUGUCAUGCUUGCUCUUCGAAGUUUUGCACUAAUGCCAGUCCAUUGUCAUCUCAAGAUAAAGUGAAAAGGCGAGUCAAAAGAAAUGUCCCGCUGUUGUGUAAAAGUAACAACAAUCUGGACCCCUUGGAAACUGCAAAUCCCCCCAAGCGGUCUUUGAGUGAUUGGCCUUGUUGUGUCCCAGGUUUAGGAGUAGACGGAAACAAUCUGGGAUUGAGUUCUCACUCUGCAGCUAAGUCUUUGCGGUCCUUGUCUUUCAGCUCCUCUGCUCCAUCUCUUAAUUCUAGUCUGUUUAUCUGGGAAACAAAUAGUAGUAGCUCUUAUGAUGUUGGAUGUGCAGAAAGACCAAUUGAUACCAUAUUCAAAUUUCAUAAAGCUAUUAGCAAAGACUUGGAGUAUCUGGAUGUUGAAUCUGGAAAGCUGAUUGAUUGUGAUGAGACAUUCCUUCGGCAGUUCAUUGGAAGAUUUCAACUCCUAUGGGGCUUAUACAGAGCUCACAGUAAUGCUGAGGAUGAAAUUGUUUUUCCAGCACUGGAAGCAAAAGAAGCACUUCAUAAUGUGAGUCACUCAUAUACGUUGGACCAUAAGCAGGAGGAAAAACUGUUUGAAGAUAUUUCAUUUGUUCUUUCUGAGAUUUCACAACUACAUGAAAGCUUGCAAAAGGCCCAUUUGGAAGAAAAUUUAACUCAGAGUGACACUGAAUUCUCUGCAGCCCAUAGGGAUGAUUUAAUGGCCAAGUAUAUUGAGCUAACUACUAAACUUCAAGGGAUGUGUAAAUCCAUAAAAGUUACUCUGGAUCAUCAUAUUUUUAGAGAAGAACUAGAGCUGUGGCCAUUGUUUGGUAGACAUUUCUCUCUAGAGGAGCAAGACAAAAUUGUUGGUCGCAUAAUUGGAUCUACAGGUGCCGAAGUGCUCCAAUCUAUGCUACCAUGGGUAACUUCUGCUCUUACUCAAGAUGAGCAGAAUAAAUUGAUGGACACGUGGAAGCAGGCAACCAAAAACACAAUGUUCAAUGAGUGGCUUAAUGAAUGCUGGAAAGGACCUCCAGAAUCAUCUUCUGACACUGAAACAUCAAAUGCAAAAAUUUCUCAGACAGAUAAUGAUUUUCAAGAAAGCUUGGAUCAAAGGGAUUCAAUGUUUAAGCCUGGAUGGAAAGAUAUCUUUCGUAUGAAUCAAAAUGAGCUUGAGGCUGAGAUCAGGAAGGUUUAUAAGGACUCAACUCUUGAUCCCAGGAGACAAGCAUAUCUAGUUCAAAAUCUGAUGACAAGUCGCUGGAUAGCUGCACAGCAGAAGUUGCCUCAAGCAACAGCUGGGGAAACUUCUGAUGGUGAAGAUGUAAUGAGCUACACACCAUCAUUUCGAGAUCCAGAGAAACUAGUAUUUGGAUGUGAGCACUACAAAAGAAACUGCAAAAUUCGUGCAGCUUGCUGUGGCAAGUUAUUUACCUGUAGAUUUUGUCAUGACAAAAUGAGUGAUCACUCAAUGGAUAGAAAAGCAACAUCAGAAAUGAUGUGUAUGCGUUGCCUCAAAGUUCAGGCUGUUGGGCCAACCUGCACAACUCCUUCAUGCAAUGGGCUAUCUAUGGCAAAAUACUACUGCAACAUAUGCAAACUUUUUGAUGAUGAAAGGACUGUGUAUCAUUGUCCAUUUUGCAAUUUAUGCCGUGUUGGGAGGGGUCUUGGCAAAGAUUAUUUUCAUUGCAUGACCUGCAAUUGUUGCUUGCCGUUGAAGAUAGUGAACCACAAGUGCAUUGAGAAAUGUCUAGAAACAAACUGCCCUAUCUGCUGUGACUUUCUAUUCACAUCAAGUGACGUUGUCAGAGCUUUACCUUGUAGCCAUCAUAUGCAUGUGGCAUGCUUUCAGGCCUACACUUGCAGUCAUUACACCUGCCCAAUUUGCAGCAAAUCCUUGGGAAAUAUGGCGAUCUAUUUUGGCAUGCUUGAUUCUCUUUUGGCUGCGGAGGAGCUUCCAGAGGAAUAUAAGAAUCGUUUACAGGAUAUACUUUGCAAUGAUUGUGAGAAAAAGGGCACUGCACGCUUCCAUUGGUUGUAUCAUAAAUGUGGAUCCUGUGGAUCUUACAACACCCGGGUGAUCAAGAGUGAGGCAACAGUUCCGGACUGCUCUACAUAACACGAACCACAGGUUCUUUUAUUCUGUAAAUGUUCGCAUCCUUUAGCUUGUAAAUAUUUGUAUAGGCAACCCAAGUGUACCCCUACUUACUCCUACAGAAGCCUUUAUAUAUAGGAGCCCUUAUAGGUUGUUAUAUUUUUGUGGUUGAAUUCACUAUAGAGGAUAGAGACAACAGUGGAAGCAGAGAGAAGAGUAGAAGCUUCAGAGGAUUGAAAUGUCGAAAAAUAUGAAUUUUGCUAUGUUAUUAGGUCCGAUAACUAUAUUGGUACAAGAGAUUCGAAACACAAAAAGUAAGAAUUACAAUAUAAAACUUAUAGUUGUAAAUUGUAAUG